CGGAUUGGUCGACGUAUUUCCGGCCCCGUACCGGAGUCUCCUGCCUCCCACCGCUGUGGUCCUCAAACAGACCAUGGCCCUGAAAGCAUGUGGCUUGAUCAUCUUCCGAAGAUGCCCUGUACCCAAGGUGGACAACACUGCAAUUGAGUUUCUACUGCUGCAGGCAUCAGAUGGCAUUCAUCACUGGACCCCUCCUAAAGGCCAUGUGGAAGCAGGAGAAAAUGAAUUGGAAACAGCCCUGCGAGAGACUCAAGAGGAAGCAGGUCUCAAAGCAAGCCAGCUAACCAUCAUUGAGGGGUUCAGAAAGGAGCUCAAUUAUGUGGCCAGGAAGAAGCCCAAAACAGUCAUCUACUGGCUGGCAGAGGUGAAGGACUGCGAUGUGGAGAUCCGCCUCUCCCAUGAGCACCAAGCUUACCGCUGGCUGGGGCUGGACGAGGCCUGCCAGUUGGCUGAAUUCAAGGAAAUGAAGGCAGCGCUCCAAGAAGGACACCAGUUUCUCUGUUCCACAGUGGCCCAAGCUAACUGAAACAGAGUCAUUCUCCUCAGGAUCCCUGAGGGCUUUCUGAGAUGAACCCACCUUCAGCUCUGAGGAAGAUUGUGCUGGUCUUUGGCUCAUCAUGGAAAAGAGCACAUAAGUUAGUAAAAGCAGCUGAGGACUCUCAGAGCAAAGCAAGCAGUAAUCUUACUUGGGUGGAAAGGCAGGCAAAGUAGGAGUUUAAAAAUAAAAAAAAAAAAGAAGUACAUCCUUGUACUUAAUAAACGUCAAGCAGCUUAUCUGUCCUUUUAACCUGUUAUAUUUAUUUCUUGGACUCUCGCUCUUGGUGGGAGAACACUGAAGUGAAUCAAUCAGA